AGGCUAUGUGUAUGCAAGGGAGCGGGGGUGGGGGCGCCACAAAUUGGGCAAGUUUGGAGAGCGAGAGACGAUUUUAGAAAAACAGCCACACGCACUAACGGCAGCCUCAUAUGACACGGUGCGUUGAUACGGAUUUCUAUUUCUACCUCUCUUUGUUUUCUUACGUGCAAGGGAUAAACAUUCGAUAACGUCAUCUAGAUGCAGACUGGACAUUCACAUUUUCCUGAAAUUUGAGUUUUGACCGAUUCUGGAACUCGAAGCCUACAAGUGGUUUUAAAGUGGCCAGUGCUGUUUAAUCGGCUGAUGCCCCCUUUCUUUCCGUCUCCUCGUGAAUCAUGUCACGCCGGAAGCAGAAACGACCCCAGCAGCUCGUUAACUCGGACCCGGGGGGCACGCGGUUACUAUCGCACGAUGACCAGCUGUCAGCAAAGUCACCGUCCAUGUCUCUGGGCUCAGAACUGACCUCAUCUGGUUCCUCCUCGUCCUCCCCCACCUCGCUCGAAGGCCGACAGCCCCCCCUGGCCCCACGGCCAUCCCCCGGGGGUCUCCACGCGCCCUCCCUCCCCAGCGAAAGCUCUCCACCCCCCCACUGGCCCAGCCACAUCGCCCCCUACACCACCUCUCUUCCCAACACCCACUCAUCCCUCUCUCCAGACUUCCCUCACCCCUCUUUAUCCUCCCAGACCCAAUCCCUGCCACUCAACCUCAAUCAGACAUCGGGCCACCCCCUCUCCCAUCAGGCCCACUCCCACGCCACUAUGACCUCACCACAGAUGGGCAGCUCUGCCACCAUCACUACCUCCUCCUUGUCCUCCUCCUCGUCUAGCCUCCCUCCCCACCGGGAGAGCACCAGUCCUGGGCAUCAGAAUGGCUCCAGCCCCCUGGUGCCAGGGCUAGGCCAGAUCCAGGUGCCACCGACCCUGGCUGUGCUCCUGGAGGAGCUGAGGGUGCUGCAGCAGAGGCAGAUCCACCAGAUGCAGAUGACUGAGGAGAUCUGUAGGCAUGUCCUCCGGUUAGGAGGGGCCAUCUAUACCCAAGACACCUCCCAGGCUGGUAGUGGAGAGAAGAACCAAAUACCUACAGCAGGAUCCCCUUCCCCACCACAUCAUCCCUGCUCUGCCCCUGUCAAAUCCUCAGCCUCCCCUCUCCUGGCCGGCCUCCCCUCCCUCCUCCCCCAGCUCACUGUGUCCAAGCCCAGCCUCUCCUCUCACACUAAUGGGAGCAGAGCCCCAAACUCCUCUACCUCACCCUCAUCCUCUUCCUCCACCACUUGGAGCUCCUCGAUAGUCUCCUCCAUGCAUCCUCUGUCCCUGGGUCUCCCCCCGCACUAUCUCCACGAGAAAUCCUCCAACACCUCCCCCUUUGGCCACAGCAACGGGGUCAGCUUCCCCACGCCACCCCUCCCCACCUCCAGCCACUCCCAGGACCACCUGCUGCAGUCCAGCUCCUCCCUGGGGUCCUUGUCCUCAGCAGGACGUCCUCAGCAUGCCUGUAAGUUUUGUGGGAAGGUCUUGAGCAGUGAUUCCUCGCUACAGAUCCACCUGCGCUCCCACACGGGUGAGAGGCCCUACCAUUGUCCCGUCUGCCUCAGUCGCUUUACCACCCGCGGGAACCUCAAGGCCCACUUCCUGCGUCACCGCGAGCAGAACCCUGAGCUGUCGCUCUCGCUCCUCCCCCCGGCUCUGGAGCAGCCCAGCCCUGCUCCCGUCGUUGCCACCACCGGCCAGAGACGUAGGAAGCGCCGGGCAGAAGACGAGGAGCCGCCGUUCGGAGGCGUGAAAGGAAUGACGGAGGGAAUGGCGCUCGGUUUCCUUUCCGGGGCAUCUCCUCGCCCCUCCCCUUCCUCUAUACCUAUGCCACCCAGUAUGGAUAUGGCACUGUUGUCCACGGCUCACUCCCUUUUACAGCUGAACAGGGCCUCUGCUGCAGCAGGCAGCGCCUCAGGUAGUGUGUUACCGCCAUCAUCCUCAUCCUCCAUGGGUAGCCAGUUCAAAGGGGCGAAGCAGCAGAGGUUUGAUGAGAACACCCCUCCACACUCCGCCCUCCACCCAGGCUCCCCCUACUCCCAGCUGGCCCACUUCCCCAAAAUCCUUUUCCCCGGAGGACCCUCGCCCCACCACCUCGCCCUCCUCCGUUCCCCGGGGACCCACCCCUCUACCUCCCACCUCACCUCCCCCCACACUCAGCUUCCCUUCCCUCCCUAUCCUAAACUCCCCACUUCCUCCCCGUCCUCCUCCUCCACCACCUCCUUCACUCAAACCUCCGACACCUCCAAGUUGCAGCGACUGGUCCAGAAGUUGGAGAAGCAGCCCCAGGGCGGGGGCCAGUUUUCCUCCUGCGGCCCAGCAGACGGCUCCUCAAACGGGGAAACCCACGGCCACGACCUGACCACAAGCUCCAGCGCCUACCGCAGGGAGAUGAUGGCAGCCCUGGGCCUUGGCCCCAACCCAAACACUGAGGCCAUGGUGAGCACCCGGGGACAGGGUCUCCCUGUAUCCAACAAUCCCGCCCUGGCCCCUAACCAGUGUGGGGUGUGCCUGCGGGUGCUCUCCUGCCCCAGGGCCCUGAGUCUCCACCAGGCCACGCACCUGGGCGAACGCCCCUUCCCCUGUAAGCUGUGUGGACGCUCCUUCUCCACUAAAGGAAGCCUGAGGGCCCACCUCGCCACCCACCGUGCACGCCCGCCCAACGCCCGCACCCAGAACUCCUGCCCGCUGUGCCCGCGCAAGUUCACCAAUGCCCUGGUGCUGCAGCACCACAUCCGCAUGCACCUGGGGGGCCAGAUACCCCCAGGGGGAGAGGGGGAGGAAGGUACAGAUAUGACCCAAGAAGAUCUGGGCCAAAUGACCACAGCCUCUCCAUCCAAACCCUCCAGCCUCCAAGGCCUGCACCCCCUGGCUUUAAAAAUGACCAGUUCCAUCUCUAACCCUGACUCGCUGGUCAGCAGCUUAGACUUCGGAGGUCCGGCUACCAAGCAAUCCCAGGCAGCUGACCCGAGCCCACCUAUAGAGGGGGAGUGUGAACCCUCGCCCUCCACGGACAGCAUUAGCCCACCUCUGACCCAUAAUCCCUCCCUAGAAGACCCCAUGAUCCUGGGGGAAAGAUCUGAGUCAGACUCCGGCCCAUCUGCAGCCUCUCUGGAAGACUUGCAAGACUCCCCGGCUGACCUUUCGAACGCCAGCCCAUUUAGUCUACCCAAGACAUCCUUGACCAGCUCCUUGCCAGCCUCAGUGGGGAAUGGUGAGGAAGAGGAGGAGGAAAACAUCCCUCUUGCCCUCUGUGUCUCUAGACCAGCUGAUACUGAUGGUAGUAGGUCAGGAGGGCUCAUCAAUGGCUCUGGCUCAACCACAGUGAACCAGACUAACUCUCCAGAUGGACUCAUCUCCAGUCCUGAAUCUGAUUCCACCCCAAAAUCCCCUGCCACCCUCAACCCUUCACCCACGCUCACCCCUCCUGCCAGCCCUGAAGCAGCUUCAGAGCCAGCCCAGUCCCCCAGUAUCACCCCACCGGAGCCCAGUCCUGAAGGGGAGACAGACCCACUUGAAGGGGCAAGUGAGAGCACAGCAUCCGGAGAAACCUCAUCGGUCGAGGGGCCUGAGAUAGAGAAGCACACCCCUAGCUCCACGGAGGAGAGUGAGAGGGCUCCAGAGGAACCAGAGGCCUCCCAGCUAGCCACCCCAGCCUCAACGCCCUCCAAACCCUACUCCUGCACCCUGUGUGGGAAGGCAUACGCCAGUCGCAGUGGAUUAAAGGGACACAUGAAGACACACCCUGUGUUGACCAACGUUCCCACCGAGACUCCUCCUCCCGCCACCCUGACCAAUGACAAUGACACUACGGAGGAUCCGAGUUCGGUCUCAGCAAAUGGAAAGGAGGAUGAAAAGUAACGAUUGGCCAAUGCUCCUGAGAAACGUGUUACCUUAGAGAAUCAGCCAAUCACUGCUGCAUCUGGGAAGGAAGCAGAGAAACCUGUGGACACUACUGAGUAAAAAGACAUGAUUGGCUGCUUAAUGGCAUCAGUCAGUUUUUUCUAAGGCCCUGACAAGGGAAUGUAUUUUCUUCAUAUAAUUAGAAUUGAUUCUAGAAUGAUUGAUUUUAAUUCUGUGUAGUUUUGGUACUAGUCAGUUGGGUCUAUUUUGUCUAUAGUAGAAGGUUAGAUUGUUGUGAAGUUUUAACUCAGUCGGCAUGGUUACGAUAUCACUAUCUCAAAGAACACAACGAGGCCUUAUUGACCACAUGAUGUCACAGAAUUGUCUUGUAGUGUAACGGCAACCAGUGUCGUUAUGUGCGUUGGAUCGCAAUUGAAUAGAUGAGCAGGGAUGUAUGUUUUAGAGAGCAGCUAGUUCUAGUCAAACAUAUGAAUGAAAUUCACAUUUGAAUUUUAAAAUGGGGAUGAAGUGGGAGGAGAAAAAUGUGUUUUCCACUUUUUAGGAUCUAUGGUACGAUCUCCAUACCAAAACAGGCUGGUGUAGUAGUGGCCGUUUCCUUGUAUAUAUUAACCCUGUUACUAUUUGUAGUUCUUUUUUUUACUGACUUUUUAAACUGUCUUGCUGCUGUAUUGAUGUUUCAAUGGAGUUGCACUGACUGUGUACACUACUGUCUAUACAUCCAUUGAAACAAGAGAUUAUGAUGGUGAUCAUGAUAGCGUUACAUUGACCAGUCCGUAUAUACAAUGUAUUUUGGCAAUCCUGGUUCUUGCUGUUGUGAGUGACCAUAACAGCAGGAACCUGAGAAAUGAACAAUGAUGACUUAUAUCAGUGAUUGUAAUUGGUUUAUCCAUAAUUUAUUGGAUAUAUCUGCACAGGGACAUACAGAAGUAGCCUGACAGCCAAAUAGAUUGUGUUAUGUUUCACUGUUGUGAAGUUUUGGUACCAGGCUGGUGUUGAAGUAUAGCAGAAACUGGUGUAUAAAUCAACUGAACCUCCCGAGGACCAGGAGGAACUAUGUCAGAUGGAUAACCUCAUCCCUCCAUGUCUGUUGUCUCUUUCCUCUUCCCUUUCUCUUUCUCUCCUCCUCUUCCCUCUCACCCUCCCUGCUGUUCCCUCUUACCUCCUCUCCCUCUCUCUCUCAAAGCACUUGAGAGUUCCAAGU